AUGGUGAAAGACAAUCAUCCACUCCAGAGAGCCUUUUCUACUUUGACUCAAGGAUUAUUGGAUGAGAUUAUCAAGUCUAUCCACAUCGAUCCCCAAUUCAAACCUAUUCUUCCUAUGGUGAGGAGUGAUUGGGUAUAUUUUUCUUUGCGCUAUGGAGCUAUUGAGAUAUCAGAUAAGUUGCCCACCUCUAUCAAGAAAUGGAAGACCGAGUUCUUCUUUGUAGAUGCAUCUCCUUUUGGAGUUCCUACGCACUUUGAAAACCUCUUAAACCGGGAUCAUGACUCCAACCUUGAACUUACUAUAGAUGAUCAAUCCACUAUAGACUCAUUGGUUGCUAAUUAUGUUAAAUGGUCUGAUCCUAACGAUUCGAUUCUCGAACUUGUCGGACUAGAAGGAGUCCUCUAUAUAGUCGGUAGACCUCUUGCUCCGGCUCUUCGUGGAUAUCCAACAUGCUUUUCGAGUGAGGGAGUAUUGGACUCUGAAUCUAGCAUUGAUUUCCAUGUACAACCCGACUCUGGCGAUCCCGUUGUGAUCUCGUCGUCUCCCUCCAACAAAAGAAAAAAGAAGGAUGAUAGGUCUAAAGGUAAACUGCUAAUUUUUUCUUUGUCCAAGCCUGCAGGAAAGAUAAGAACCUCAUCGAAGCGCAAGAGGGAUCUUUCUUCAUCUGAGGGAGUAAUCGUUUCCGAAGUAGAACAUGUGGACCCACAAGUUGUGUCCAUGAACAAAACGAUGAACCCGAAAGACUUGGUUUUACCAAAACGUCUUCGUUCUACUCGCCACACCAAACCUACAAGCCUUCUGGAUGCUAAUAAGGUGGCUGAAGAUCCCUCCUUGAACAAUCCUACCAUUGCCAAGCCUCCACCGCUCCCAAACACAGAUCCUUCCUUACUUCACGACUGUCCAAUCAAAAAUGACCCUGACCUGGUAACUGCAGUGAGGCUUUAUCAGAUCCUUCGCUAA